AUCAUUUAACUCGGGACAGCAGAAGGCUAUUCGCAUGUGGAGUGUGGAAGGUCUAGAACUGCACCAAAUGACAAAUUAAGUUACUGGACGUAUAAUGGUUUACUUUCUUGUCUAUUGUGCAGGUUAUGAGGAUUUUAUUCUCCAAUAAUCCUUACUUUCAAUCACUGGAUCCGCUAUAUAAAGACGUGACCUAUAAUUACCGCGCUUCUUGCAUUUAUAUUAAAAUGUAGUCUUACCAUCGGCAUCGACGGGACAAAGGACAGGAGCUUAUUCUUCAAAACAUCGAUUAGUAACCGACAGACUGCAAUUAACAUAAGGCUGUUCUUUACUUGGAAGAAGCAACGAAUUGACUGCAAGGCUUCAUAAUGGACAUGCACAUUAUAUUCGAGGAGAUGACCUGGCCAUCGCCACGGAGUAUAUUAUUGGCGUCUUUGACUGUCGUCUUUGCAGUGCACCUGUGGCGCAGGAUCAGGCGGAACUGGGACGUAUGCAGCCCGCCUGGACCCUUCGCUUGGCCGGUCAUUGGGAACGCAGUAGAGGUUGGCAAAACUCCUCACCUCUAUUUCUCUCGCAUGGCACGGAAAUAUGGGGAUGUCUUUCGAAUCAAACUCGGCUGCCGGGACGUUGUGGUGCUGAAUGGCGACGCAAUCAGGCAGGCGCUCAUCAAAAAGGGAUAUGAUUUCGCAGGCAGACCGGACUUUACUUCUUUUCAAUACGUUUCCAAUGGCGAUGGCAUUGCUUUUGGAAAAUUCAGCGAAUGGUGGAAAGUGCACCGAAAAGUAGCCCAAUCUACUGUUCGGAUGUUUUCCACCGGCAACAUGAACUCCAAAAAGACCUUCGAAAACCACGUUGUCUGCGAAGUUAGGGAGCUGCUCCGUCUUUUCCUGGGAAAAACGCAAGAGCACAAAUAUUUCCAGCCGAUGACAUACUUGGUGGUAUCAACAGCUAACAUAAUGACCGCCGUGUGCUUUGGAAAGAGGUAUUCCUACGACGACGCAGAGUUUGCGCAAGUUGUGGGACGAAAUGAUCAAUUCACCCAAACAGUAGGGGCUGGGAGCAUCGUUGAUGUGAUGCCUUGGCUCCAGUAUUUUCCCAACCCAAUAAAAACCAUUUUUGACAAUUUUAAAGAGCUCAACCGGGAGUUCAGUAAAUUUAUCGUUACUAAGGUUGUCGAGCAUCGAAAGACCAUUCAGCAAAGCACAAUCCGGGACAUGACAGAUGCUUUCAUCAUGGCAUUGGACCAUUCUCAGGACAGCUCGACCGGAGUCUCGCCAGGCAAAGAUUAUGUGCCACCUACUAUUGGUGACAUUUUUGGAGCAAGCCAAGACACACUGUCUACUGCACUCCAAUGGAUCAUUCUGAUACUUGUGAGGUUUCCUCAUAUCCAGCUGCGUCUCCAAGAGGAAGUGGACAAAGUGGUCUACCGGAGCCGCCUGCCCACCAUCGAAGACCAGUCUCAGUUGCCUUACGUGAUGGCCUUUAUCUACGAGGUGAUGCGCUUCACCAGCUUUGUGCCUCUCACCAUUCCCCACAGCACCAUCAACGACACUACCAUCAUGGGCUACACCAUCCUCAAGGACACAGUGAUCUUCAUCAACCAGUGGUCCAGCAACCACGACCCCGCCAGGUGGACACAACCAGAGACCUUUGACCCCCUGCGCUUCCUGGACCAGGACAGCUCUUUGAACAAGGACCUGGCCAGCAGUGUGCUCAUCUUCUCCUUGGGAAAGAGGCGGUGCAUCGGAGAAGAGCUGUCCAAGAUGCAGCUGUUCCUAUUUACUGCAUUGCUGGCACACCAGGCCCACUUUAGUCCCGACCCGGACAAGCUGCCCACCAUUGACUACACCUAUGGGCUGACCCUGAAGCCCAAUAACUUCUCCAUAGCAGUAAAUCUACGGGACACCAUGGACGUCUUGGAGGAGGCUAGUCAAAAGCCCUUCUAUGGGGAGACCCAGGAGGACACAGGCAACUCCAGAUCAGACUGAGAAUAUAGUUGCCAAAAGCAUUACAAAAACGGUAAAUGAAGCUUUUAAGAAGUAGAUUCAUGAACUGAAAUUCUUCCUCAUGUGCUAUCAGGUAUCAGCUACUAUAUAGUUAAAACAUGUAUUUAUGAACUGAACACUCAGGCAAAAUACCCUUCAUAUACAUCCUUAUUUUCUUUGUUUUACAGGUAAUCACUCAUAUGACUAUGGCUCACAAAAAUGCAACUUUUAAAGAUUGUUUUUAAUAGGUUAUUGCACUGAUGUUUGUAUAUCUUUCACUGGAACAUGCCAGAACAUUAAAAAAAGUGUGCAGUGUUCAUCUUAGGGCGAUGGCAUGUUCUUUUACACUUGUUUGCCACUUCAUUUGACUGUAUUUACUGGAAUAUUGACCAAUUGGAGUUAUUUUGCUUGCACCCACCACCUCAGAGAGUGUACAUUUUAUGGCCCAAAUGACCUCCCAACAAGGUCAAUAUGAUACAGAGAGAAUCUUGAUUUAUGUAAAUAUAGGUAACUAGGUAGAUAGUAAUACCAACCUUAUUACUAUUAAAAACAAUAAUUGUGUUUUAAGUGACAUCGUGUUGGUAAUUCUAAUGAGCAGCCCUACUCUACAUUUGACAUAUGCACUAAGGUUUUACAGAAAACUCAGAUUGUUGUGCUUUUAAAAAAAAUUGAGUCAA